AAAAAAAAAACCACGAAUGACAAAUCAGCACUGUCAUCACUAACAAUAAAUAAAAACAAUAGAAACAUCUUGCGAUAUGAAGACGUCAUCGCCAGCACUUAAAUAUCUAUUGGAGAAGGAUGUGCAGUUAUCGAAACAUUUUGUUAUAGCCGUGUCCAAUCUGUCGUUCUUUAAAUCCCUGCGCAUACAUAGCAGAUUCUUAGAAAUAUCCUGCGAUGGAAUUGCUUGGUUUGUCUCAUGGAUUGCGUUUAUAUGGUUGUUCAGCUCGAAGGGCUUGUAUCAGAUGCAAGUUAAUAUGUUGUUGGGCUUAAUACUAGAUGUUGUUAUUGUGGCUGUAUUAAAAGCGCUCGUUCGGCGAAGAAGGCCGGUUGCCAGCAAGGAUAUGCUAACCAUUGGACCCGACAAGUUUAGUUUUCCCUCGGGCCACGCUUCCAGAGCAUUUUAUGUACUUUUGUUCUUCACAAAGCUGUAUCCUCUACAUAUUAUAUUUCUGCUCCCGGUCACAGCGUGGGCCGUAAGCGUCGCCAUCUCACGACUAAUCCUUCAACGUCAUUUUGUUUUGGAUAUUUGCGCUGGAGCAGUCAUCGGAAUUCUGGAAGGUUUAAUCAUUGGCCUUCUUUGGGUCAGUGAGGAAACUGCCUUCAGCAUUGUUGGCUUUCUUUCGGAGGAGAACGUAGACACUUCGGAGUAACCAAAAUUGGAAUAAUAUUCUCGAAAGCAAUAAACUAAAUCAUUACUUAUGCUUUUACCAAAUACAUUGUUAAUGUUAAAUACA